UCAAUGCACCUUGUGAAGGCGGCGCGGUCAUUUGAACAGAGGCGGUGCGUCAAGAAGUUGGGCUCUGCUGAACUUUAUGCAAAUGAAAGCGAUCAACCAAAUAAGCUGAACUUUCUGACUGCUCAACUGGAAACAUAUAAAAACCAAAUGCAAAAGAUACAAGAAGAUCACAAAGAUCAACAAAAUAAGCUGAACAUUCUGACUGCUCAACUGGAAACAUAUAAAAACCAAAUGCAAAAGAUACAAGAAGAUCACAAAGAGGUGGCCUUCAGUGCAGCUCUUCAGCCUUCAUCAUGGGGUAAUAGUGGUUAUGGGAAAAUGGGACCUUUUGGCACGGAUAUCACCUUGGCACAUGGAAAGAUUCUCACUAAUGUUGGAGGUGCCUAUUCAAACAAAGGUGUGUUCACUGCUCCAGUGAAAGGAGUCUACUUUUUUACCUUCACCACCUACAGCUGGGCGGCAGAGGCAGACAUUGGUGUCAAACUGAUGAAGAAUAAUGAAGAAGUUUUGCUGGUUUGGGAGACGCAGGACAAAGGUGACAAUGAGGACUAUGCCUCCAACUCAGUACUACUGGAGCUAGAGGUGGGGGACAAGGUGUACAUGCGUCUCCCCAAAGGAUACCAGGUUGCAGCCAGCAAAUACUCCAAUAUUCAUACUUUCAGUGGAUUUUUACUCUACUCCAGGGCCCGUAUUCACAAAGAAUUUUAAGGCUAAAAGUAGCUCCUAACUGGCGAAUUUAGGAGAAAGUCUUACAAAUAAUGGGCGUGUUACUCGUAACUUUAGGACCCCUAACUUUUUUCACUAAGAGUAAUUCACGAAGCAUCUUAACCCUAAAAGUAGCACCUAAGUCUGGGACAGAUCAAAAAGAGUUGAGAGACUCCUAAGACCUAUUCUCAAACAAUCCUAGCCGCUAUUAGUGGCAUUUCAUGUCACAUGCAGUUACAGGAGCUCUCAUUGUGCAUUGCAACGAAGGGAUGCAAUAACGCCACCAAUAACCAAAACCAACAUUGCAUGUAAACUAAAUGUAACUCAAUGUAAAUGUCACUUCAAUCAAGCUAGUCACUUCAAACAAGCUUGUGCAUGAGUAAUGACAUCAACCAUAGCACCAGAGCUCUUAUCUUUUCCCUUCGGAUACUAAGAGUAGGUCUGAGAGACUUUUUGAAUAACUUUUAGGAGAAAACUCCUACCUAAAAUCUCUUUGUGCGAUUUAGGAGUACUCUUAGUGGUAAGAUAAAAUGCUUUCUGAAUACGGGCCCAGAUCAAUUCAGAAGACCAUUUGAUGGAUACAAAGCAGAUUAUUUACUGUAAGAGAGGGAAAGUUUCUAAAUAAUUGAGAUUAUAGUCAAUAAAGUAUUGCAUUCUUGUUAGUUUUCCAUCUCAGCAUUUUGUGUUGCCAUGAAAACCGAUUGUCUGUUUUUAAAGAAGCAUGUACAUAAUGAGGAUUUCUUACUUAUAGGAUGACCUUUCUUUACCUUACUUUGGGUUGGUUUAUGAACAGCAAUACCAAGAGCGACCCCCCACCACUCAGUGGCAAUCAAUGGUUGCCUGU